CAACUUCAAGGCUUCCAACUGCAAUCAAUCUCUACGCUCCAGAUCUCUUUUUGAGGUGUGUUAAUCACCUCGCAUUGCAUCCGCAGGCCCUAUCUGCCAGGUCGGGCCUUGUCCUACUGAAUCAUGGCCGAUAGCGAGGAAGAAAUAUCCCGGGAGCCAAAGACUCGGCCUGAGGUUGCAUCUCCACAGGUUCCCAGCGCAAGCGGAUCAUUGUCCACCCCAACUGCGCCAAAACCUCAGGAUCCGAUCGAGCAUGUAUCUGGAGUGGAGCAGAAAAUGCCUCUCUACGACUCCCCCGCAAGCGGGCACGAUGCCCAAGCGAAGGCGGACCGAGCAGGCGAAACCCCUCGCUCCCCAGACGCGACAGCAAGUUUACCUCCACGAGUUAUUGCUCCGCCACCAGUCAUGUCACAGCAUUCUUCAACUCAAUCUUCGUCGUCCAAUGAUGCUGGUUCUAUUUGUCCAUUUCAAGACGAUGACCGCCAAGACGAACCGCCUGAAUAUCAAGAAGAGUACGAUGAUCUUGGAUCGGACUUGGGGGAUGAAAGAGCUUCGUUAACCGAGACGAUCAAUUCUCAGAACUAUCAAUACCGCUACGAAAACGGGCGGAGAUAUCAUGGAUUCGAUAAUGCAGCAUAUUUAUUACCUAAUGAUGAACGCGAACAAGACCGGCUCGAGGGCCAGCAUCAGAUGUGGGUAAUGGCUCUCGGCGGCAAGCUCCACCUCGCUCCGCUGAAGCAAAACAUCGGAAACGUCCUCGAUGUCGCAUCUGGCACUGGCAACUGGGCAAUGGAUUUUGCAGACGAGUAUCCAUCGGCUAAGGUCGUUGGCACAGAUCUAAGCCCGAUCCAACCAAACUUCCGAAGUGUGCCCCCAAACUGCUCCUUUAUCGUCGAAGACAGCGAGGGUGAGUGGAUCUGGGAAGAGCGAUUCGAUUUCAUCCACAGCCGAACUCUCGGGUCGACAUGGCGAGACUGGCCUGGCUAUUUCCAGAAAUGCUACGAUUUUCUCAAUCCGGGCGGCUACCUCGAGCUGCACGAGUUCACAUUCCCCUUCCACUGCGACGACGGCACCGCCACGGCUGAGAACCCGAUGAUGCAAUGGUCCAUUUACUUCAACGAAGCCGCAGCCAAGGGCGGCGUCGACAUGGAGCAAUGCGCGCGGCUCGACCCGCUGCUACGCGAAGCGGGCUUCGUUGAAGUGACGAAGCGCCGAUUGCGUCUUCCGUUUACAGGAUGGAGUGAGGACCCGAACGAAAAGGAGUACGGUGCGUUUUAUGGGAAGGCCUUCGACUGGGGGGUAUGUGUGGCGCUGCUGACGAGGCGGCUGGGUUGGAGUAGAGAGAGAGCGGAGGUAUUCUUGAUGGAGGCGAGGAAGGACGCUGCAGAUGUUGGGGUGCAUGCUUAUAUUCCUUUAUACAUUUACACUGCACGGAAACCGGUGUCUGCAUAGUAGAUUAGAUUUUGAGAAGCCCGGCUCUUUUUAUGGAGCACGGAGUAGUACAUACACCCUCUUCAAUCGUACACUGGAACAGGAUGUCUUUCAAUGAAAGUAGUGUUAUUUACCUGCGUAGUUUAUCGUGUACUACACGUGACCAGCAAUGCAUAGGCUGCUCAGGGCAUUUCCCAACUUAGUUCUAUGCCACAUCACCUUUCGAUAAACAUCCUGAAGGCUUCAAGGCUAAAUGCAAAAGACAUGCACUGCAGUUCCGCAAGCCGCUAUCAACAUUUGGAAAGUACUUCAACAUGACAUCAGAAAUCAAGGCAACACAUAGCCGUACGAAGUCCAAACCCGCAGCCUGUUUCCUCGAUCCCACAUUCCCCCAAACGCCAUUGCUCCUAGGUAUACCACAACAAAUCCACCUCCUCACUCCGCCCCCGCCCCCUUCCCCUUCC